UCCUCUUACAAAUCAUUUCCUUAAAUAUUUCGAUUGGGCCGAGAAAUGGGCCAAUUGGCUCGGCCCACUAAGGUGGUCCUAUAGUAUUAUACUUCGAUUUUUAAAUAUGCUAAUAAUUUGGUGAUUACCAAACAUGGUGUUAUCACUUAGACCUCUUAUUACAAGAAGAUUAUGUACAAAAUCAUGCUUUGCUUAUGCCGAUUCCGUCGACAUUUUGUUGUCGGAGGAACACAAAGAUUCCACGACGCAGAAACAACACGAACCCAUGCAAAUCAACAUGCUGGAACUCAACUCAGAGCUCAGGAAUCUAACAAAAUCUGGCGACUUGAAAAGUGCCCGCCACAUGUUCGACGCAUUGCCUCACAGAGAUGAAAUCUCUUGGACUACGAUGAUCUCGGGCUAUGUCAAUGCCUCUGAUUCAUCCGAAGCAUUGUCUUUAUUUUCCAAAAUGUGGGUCCUCCCAAGUAUCCGAAUGGACCCCUUCAUACUCAGCCUUGCUCUAAAGGCUUGUGGGCUAAACGUAGAUGUCAACUGUGGCCAAACAUUGCAUGGCUAUUCCGUGAAAACCGGUCUUUUGAACUCCGUCUUUGUCGGGAGUGCAGUUCUUGAUAUGUACAUGAAGAACGGUAGAGUUUUCGAGGGUUGUAGAGUCUUUGAUGAUAUGCCGUUGAGGAAUGUAGUGUCUUGGACUGCCAUUAUCACAGGGCUUGUUCGUGCAGGUUUUAACUCACAAGGGUUGUUUUAUUUUGCUAAUAUGUGGAGGGAAAAUGUCGAUUAUGACUCGUAUACAUUCGCCAUUGCAUUGAAAGCGUGUGCUGAUUUAGAGCUUCUAAAUUACGGAAGGGAAAUUCACGCUCGGACAAUGAAGAAGGGUGUAGAUACGACCUCAUAUGUAGCUAACAGUCUUGCCGCAAUGUACAAUAAGUGCGGCAAAUUAAUAUACGGUUCGCGUAUGUUUCAAAACAUGAGCAAACCGGAUGUGGUUUCCUGGACAUCUAUAAUAACAACCUAUGUUCAGACAGGCCAAGAAAAACUGGGGAUCGAUUCUUUUAAACGAAUGAGGGAGUGCGAUAUAUGUCCUAACGAGUACACCUGUGCAGCAGUCAUUUCGGGCAUUGCAAAUAUGGCAAGACUCGAUUGGGGUCAGCAAAUGCACGCUCACGUUUCGCGAUUAGGUCUCACGGGUUCAUUAUCCGUAUCAAAUUCCCUCAUGACAAUGUACUCAAAAUGUGGACUUUCUAAUUCGGCUUCACUAAUUUUUCGUGAAAUGACCAAAAGAGACGUCAUUUCUUGGAGCACAAUUAUUGCAGGCUAUUCUCAAGAGGGUUGUGGAGAGGAGGCUUUCGAGCUUCUAUCAUGGAUGAGGAAAGAGGGAACAAAACCAACUGAAUUUGCUCUUUCGAGUGUGCUAAGUGUUUCCGGUAGUAUGGCGGUUCUUGAUCAAGGUAGACAAAUUCAUGCUUAUGCUUUGACCAUUGGGUUAGAUCAAACGGCUCUUGUGAGAAGCUCUUUGAUAAAUAUGUACGCGAAAUGCGGGAGUAUAAAAGAGGCGGAAAAAAUAUUCUCUGCAUCGGAAGAUGAUGAUAUAGUUUCUUGGACAGCCAUGAUUAACGGAUAUGCUGAGCAUGGAGACAGUCAAGAAGCAAUUAAUUUAUUCGAGAAAAUUCUCCACGUGGGCUUAAGGCCUGAUUCUAUUACAUUCAUCGGUGUUCUCAGUGCUUGUAGCCAUGUUGGACUUCUUGAUCUUGGCUUUCACUAUUUUGAAUCGAUGACUAAAGACUACAAAAUAAACCCUUGUAAAGAACAUUACGGUUGCAUGAUUGAUCUUUUAUGUAGGGCCGGAAAAUUAAGUGAAGCCGAGAAUAUGAUAAGAACAAUGCCUUUUGAAAGAGACGAUGUUGUUUGGUCAACUCUAUUAAGGGCGAGUAGGGAACAAGGUAACGUUGAGUGUGGAAGAGUUGCGGCGGAGCAAAUCCUUCGACUGGAUCCAGAUUGCGCCGGGACCCACAUUGCGCUGGCGAAUAUUUAUGCUUCGAGUGGGAAAUGGAGAGAAGCUGCGGACGUGAGAAAGCUGAUGAAAUCGAGAGGGGUUAUUAAGGAGCCUGGUUGGUCUUGGAUAAAGAUUAAGGAAAAGGUUUCUGCUUUUGUUUCUGGUGAUAAGUCUCAUCCACAGUGUGAGGAAAUAUACAGUCUUUUGGAGCUGAUUGCUUCCAAAGAAGAACUCGUUUUUCAAGACCUUGCUUCGAUCCUGCAUGUUGCACAAGGGUAAAACGACGAUUGUAGAUACGCGUAGAUUAGCCAUAUGAUGAAAAACGAGCGGCCGUGGCCCCCAACCGUUUCUGAAAAAAACGCGGUAAUUUUUUUUUUUUUUUUUAUGUGCUUAUUUGGCUUUUUGGGAUAAAAUAUUGGCUCUGCUAAUGUUUGCAUAUCCAAUUUUAGAGACACUUUGGUGUUUCUUAAAUAUUACCUUGUGAUAUUGUAAUAAGUGGGAUACAAUAGGCUACUUUUGCAUUGUCUUGUAAAAGAAGAAAUACACUAGGAUCAGUUUUUCAUUA